AUGUCUACGGUUGCGAAGAAGCCGCCCGUCAUCUCAGUCGGCAGAGCGAACUCAGAAUCUCCCACUGGAACCGCCGCUGGAACCGGCACGUCGCCUCCCAACCCGACUCACACGCGAGCCCAAUCCGUGCGCUCGGCCACGCCCAACGGCGGCAACCACGCGAGGACGAGAUCUGUUCGCGCCGCCCCUGUUUCUGCCCGCGCUGCCGUUGCCCGACGAGACACGGCCAUGAGCAAUACCGACUCCGACGCCCGCGCCGCUGCGGCCGCGGCCCUGGAGGAUCUCCAGCAGCGCCUGGAAAAGGAGGAGAAGCAGUCGGAGCAGUACAGGCGACAGGCCGAGGUGCUGCAGUCCAAGCUGGACGACGCCGUCAAGGAGUCGGCCAAGCUGGAGGAAAAAGUUCACGAGCACGAUGAGCUGAUCGAGACGCUGCGAAACGAAAAGAGAGAGGCCGGGCGCAAGAUCCGCGAGAUGGAGACAAUCUACGAGGCGGAGCGGAGCGCGAUCCUCAAGGAAAAGGAGGAGAUGGCGAACAAGGAGGAGGAGAUGCAGAUGGUCAUUGCGCGGUUGAAGGAGAGCUUGGCCCAGAAGCUGAGUCUUGAAGACGAUCCCAGGCCGUCAAGGCAAUGUAAGCCGUCUCUUGCCAGCGCUUCCCCCUCGCUGGACGGCAGCGGCUUCGCCCCCCCGUCUUCCCUUCAGCGGAGUGACUCGCGAAAUAGCUCCAAGCUGAUCCUACAAAAGGACAAGCUCAUCGAGUCGCUGCGUCUGGAACUCGCCGAAGCCCAGAUCAAGCUGGUCGAGUCCGAGAACCAGGGCGGAGGCAGAUUGCACGAGGUUGAGCGCCAGCUGAUGGAGGCGCGCAUGUCCAACGCGCGGCUCAUGGAGGACAACGAGAGCUACCAACUGCUCCUCCAGGAGAAGACUCUCAAGGGCGACUUUGGCCAGAGCGACUUUAGCUACAUGAGCCCGACCGUCAACGAAGAGGCAUUGAACGCGCUCGAGGGCAAGGCAGGCGGCUCCAGCCUCGCUGACGAGCUGUCGGAUGCGACGCAGUCCGAGGGCGAGUACAGCGUUGACCACCGCCGCCUCGAGAGCGAAGUCAAGGCGCUCAAGGAGAAGAACAAGGCUCUUACGUUGUACAUCAACAAGAUCAUCGAGCGCCUGCUCCAGCACCAGGACUUUGAGACGAUCCUGGAUCAGUCGGCAGACAUGAAGCCCCCGUUGCCCGAGAAGGACAAGGAGCUCCCGCCACCUCCGCCGGCGGAGAAGCCCCCCAAGAUCAACACGCAGGUCAACGGACAGGUCAACGGACAGGCCAACGGCGACCUCAACGGACAGCCCAUUCUGCAGCGAACUAGAACCGCGCCCAUUAUGACUGGAAGGGUGAGACCGCGACCCUUUUCCAUCAUACAGACCAAUGGCACUCAGUUGGAUCACACCGAUCCCGACAAGGCGCCCAGCAUCCCCAUCGGCCUUGGUCGGAUAAACAGGCGUUCGCGACCUGUCAGCGAUCAGUUCCCUGGAGCGGCCAGCCUCGUCAGCCAGAUGUAUAGGGGUCCGGACAGCCCUGCCUCGCCGCCCCUCAACCAGAGGCACUCUUCCGCCUUCUUCCCGACCGCCGGCGUGAUUGGCACUCCCGGACGGAUUCCUAGCGGUAGCCAGGCUCCUUCAUCCGGAAACUUCCCAGGCACGAGAGGCGAGAGAAGCGAGACAUCAAGUUUGAGCGGCGACUCUGGUGAGAUCUCGACGCCGCAGUCGCAGUCGCCGCCGCGUUCCCACUCCGACAAGCAGACAACCUUCACCGGCAGCAAGCCCCGGCCGCUGAGACUGGUCCAGGAGAAUCCCGACGCUGUCAAGGACAACAACGCCAACAAACGAGCAAGCUGGAUCUCCGGCUGGAGCUGGGGAGGCAAGAAAGACGAAGUCCCAGCAAGCCCCGCAAUCCCAGAGUAG